GCUAUAAAUAUUUUAAUGGGUAUUGUAAUUAUGCCUUCCUAUAAAGAUUGCUGGAGUACAUCCUACCGUUAUGCUAAAAAUGCAGAUAUAAUGUCACUAAAAAGAUUCCAGCAAGUUAGAAGAUUUAUACAUUUUAUAGAUAAUACCCAAGCUUAUUUGUCUGAUAGAUAUUACAAACAUGUUUUGAUUGACAGUAUUCGAAACCAAUGUUUGUCUGUAGAAGAAGAAAAUGCUUUCAGCAUCGACGAAAUGGUCAUUCCAUACAAAGGUAAGAAGGCAGGUAGUCGUCGGCAGUACAACCCAAACAAACCAAGCAAGUGGGGUUUUAAAAACCUGGUGAGAGCUGAAGUAUCUGGUAUCAUUUACGACUUUAUGCUUUACGGAGGGGAUGAUACCUUCAGAGGCAUACACUUUACAGAAGAGGAAGAAAGUUUGGGAAUAGGUAGUAAAGUGGUCAUAGCGCUUUGUAAAACAGAGAAGAAGAAGGCUAGUACUAUUUAUUUUGACAAUUAUUUCACAUCUUUGGAGUUGGUUUAUAUAUUACGGGAGAAUUAUGGAUUAUUUAGCUUGGGAACCGUUCGUCAAAAUAGAUUGAAAGAUGCUGGGAAUAAAUUGGUUUCAGAGAAGAUUUUGAAGAAAGGAAGAGGGUCGUUUUCGCAAGUAGUCUGCAAUGAAAAUAAGAUAAGUGUGGUGAAGUGGUUUGAUAAUAAACAAGUAACGCUAGUAAGUUCCUAUACAGAUGCAUAUCCAUUGGAAAAAAUUAAAAGAUUUCGUAAAGAAUCAAAGGGGCGGGUUGAUGUCACCUGUCCGCAAAUCGUCAAGCAUUAUAAUCGCCAUAUGGGUGGCGUAGACUUAGCUGACAUGUUAAUUUCUUUGUAUCGUACUGGAAUAAAGUCACAUAGGUGGUACAUGAAUAUUUUUUCACAACUCUUAGAUAUCUGUAUCAAUAAUGCUUGGCUGUUGCGGCGUAGACAUAAUAAAAUGAAACAUACAGUACCAUUGAAAGAUGGUUUGAAGAAAUUUCGAGCGGACGAUUGUGUGGUCGUGAGAAAAGAGUUGCAGAAGGGUGUAUUUUUGGCUAAUGUAAUAGCUAGACCUAGGAAUGGGAUAAUACCCAUUAGGAUAUUGAAUACGACUUCCUCAGAAGUUGUUUGCAGUAUGACAGACGUGGAAGUAUAUCCGUUAAGAGAUUACGAUUAUUGUUGUUUCGCGGAACCGGAAAUGAGCGUGAAACGUGUUAAGGAAAUAUUUUCUUUGCUUAAACUUGAGUAUUUGAAUGAGGAAGAGCGAUUGAGCAUUGAACAGAUAUGUGCCAAGUAUCCAGAUAUAUUUCAUGUACCGGGAGAUAGGUUGACGGUCACAAACGUGUAUGAACAGUCGAUAAGGUUGAAAGAAAAUGCCGCUCCAGUCUAUAGGAAGCAAUAUAGAAUACCAUAUGUGCAGAAAAAAGAGGUGGAUAGGCAGGUGCAGGAGAUGCUGGAAAAUGGUAUAGUUGAAGAAACAGUUAGUGAGUGGUCUAGUCCGGUGUUGAUCGUUCCAAAGAAGGCGGAUCGUAGCGGUGAAAAGAGGUGGCGUGUAGUUAUAGACUAUAGGCAGUUGAAUGACAAGAUACAAGAUGAUAAGUUUCCUUUGCCCAAUAUAACUGAAAUUUUAGAUUCUUUAUCAGGAGCAGUACCGAUAGUUCAGGAUUUGCUGUAG